AUGGCUUUGGGCUCCUCUGCGAAUCUGCUGGCACUGCUGUUUUCGCUGUUUUCGGCAAGCAUUGCCUCUGUGGUUACUUACCGCCUGUUCUUCCACCCUCUGUCCAAAAUUCCGGGGCCAAAGCUUGCUGCGAUAUCCCGACUCUAUGACUUCUACUAUGAUUGCAUCCUAGGAGGGAAAUUCGUGUUCAAGAUCGAGGAGUUGCACAGGCAGUACGGCCCAAUCGUCCGGAUAGGACCUAAUGAAUGCCAUAUUCUGGACCCGACCUUUUUUGAUGAGUUUUACACUAUUUCAAGCCGGCUUGAUAAGGAUGGGUGGUACUAUGCAUUUGUCGCUUCUCAAGAUGCGGGCUUUGGCACCAGCAAUGCUGAUCUCCAUCGGGCGAGAAGGAAAGCUAUGAGUCGUUUCUUUUCUUCUUCUGCAAUUGCGGGGCUCGAAUCAUCCUCGAGAGAGAAAGUUCUCAAGCUCUGCAGGCGGCUUGAAGACAUUCGCAAGAAUGGGAAGCUUGUGAAUUUGUCCAAUGCUUUCCGGUGUCUCGCCGCAGACUCGGUAACGGAUUAUUGUAUGCCGAAGGGAUUCAACUUGUUGGACUCCAUCGAUUUUGCAGACGACUACAAUCGACAAGCCCGAACCAUCUCAUACAUCGCUGUAUGGCAUCGCCACAUUCCAAUCAUCAUUCCCAUCUUCAUGCGCAUGCCAAGAUGGUUUAUCAAGGCGACCUCGACGGAAGGAGGAUUGCUGUCUUUUGAUUUCCAGACCGACUUGGCGCGUCAAGCUGAAGGGGCCGUCCAUGCCGAGAAAAGAAGUGAUAAAUCCGUACUCGACGGAAUUGUCCACUCUGACGCAAUUCCAGAAAGCGACAAGACGGUAGAUAGGCUGACACAAGAGGCAAGAACUUUGGUCGGGGCAGGUAGCGAAACCACGGGUUCGUCCCUGGAAGCGAUUGCGUACCACGUUCUCGCCAACCCUGCGGUUCUUGGUCGGCUGAAGCAAGAACUCGCCGAUGCCGUAUCAAAAUCAGGCGCAGUCGAAGAGCCCUUGACGCACUAUGAUAUCGUCGAAGACCUGCCUUUUCUCACGGCCGUCAUCAACGAAGGGCUGCGUAUAGGCAAUGCUGUCUCAGGGCGACUGGCAAGAUCUAAUCCUCGCACUGCGUACACCUAUCAGUCCUACACCCUCCCCCCAGGCACCGUGAUUAGCAUGUCAAUCAAAGGCAAUCAUAGCAACGAAUCGGUUUUUCCCGAACCCGAGCUAUUCAAACCGGACCGAUGGUUAGUCAAAGGCGAAGAACUGAAGCGGAUGGAGAAAUACUUUACUCCAUUUGGACGGGGAUCAAGGAGCUGCAUAGGUAAAGAGCUCGCGGUGAUGAAUCUUUACCUGAUGACUGCGAACUUCUUUCAUAAGUUCGAUGCCGAACUGUACCAAACCACACCGAAAGAUGUUGAGAUGGAACACGACUUCUUCGCGCCCUUUCCGGCCGCCGAUUCGAGGGGUCUGCGUGUAACUUUGAAGUGA